CCCUCCUCUCCAAUCUAUAUAAGAAGUACCAGAACUGACCCUAGCUUUUCAGGGCCAUAUCAUACCUUAUGCUUCCUUCCACUAUCGUGACCUCGCUUCUACUUACAAUCAUUCCUUUUGUCUCUGCUGUUCCAUCCAAGGGCGAUGCAUUGACGGGCACCUUUCAGAUAAAUCACAACUCAAAGCUUCUGGGCGAAGCUGUUGUUGUACGAAAUGACGUUGCGAACAAGCCCGGUUCCUAUUUCUAUUUUCAUAUCAAGGAAGGUCUGAACCCGGAAGCAAGCUAUGCGGAUUAUACCAUUGAACUGCGAAACGGUCAUCACUGUCAACAUAAUCAAGGAUCGAUUGUAAACUACGACAAACCUGUCUUCAAAAUCGAUCAGCACGGCGGUACAAAUAGCUGGUGCAUUGACAAGACUCUCGAUAUUACAACUGUCAGUAUGGUUCGAGUCCGUUACAAAGGCGAAAUUGUUACUUGUACAACUCUAGAAGCUGAUCCCAACUUUCACAUAAAACAUCCUUCAAAAGUCGACGCAUGCAUUCGCCAAUAAAAAACUUUCACUAGCCCUAAAUGCAAUAGUGUACGAUAAUGAUGCCUACCAUUUCUUGAGCUGGAGAAUUUGCAUACCUUUAUUCAAUAUUAUAGCCAAUUUGAAUCAAUAAAGCACAC